GUUUGUAGACUCUCUGGAAUCGUGGAUUACACUGUCGUAGUAGAAAGUGAACGCAACGCUAUGUAGUAAGUAUACUUUGACUUAUCUUAUCUCAAUCUCCCACCUCAAUGUUUCCGCUAGAGUACUUUCUGAAAGGCAUGAACCUCCAUGAGAUGAAAAAGUAUAGUAAUCCACCCGACUUCUUCGUUAUGGAAGCCAAGUUAUUCAAUCCCUUGGACCACAUUGCCCAGGCAGCGUCUGAGAUGUUCGCGUGCGGAAGGUUUCUCGAGCGAAGAGUCAUCCGUGGUGCUCUGACCAAUGGAUAUCAAUGGAUCUUCCUUAUCAUGACGUUCGCGGACGAUUGCCUCCUUACAGCGAUCUGACAUACUCUCCGACAAGGAUCUCAACUUCGUGUCGACA